AUGGAAUACAUGGAAUGGGGAAAAGGAUCUAGGAAAACUGGUUGGGUACCAACAAAGGCGAUUCAGAAAGAUGAACAUAGCAUGGAAAAUAUUGAUGAUUUCUUUAACGUUACAGAGACAAGUAGCAUAAUGAAUACUCCGGCUCAGAAAGUAUUCAAUAAAUAUCGAGAAAAUGUAUUGCGACAACAUACUCCAUCAGAAACGAAUCGGCAAAGAACAGUUACAACGUCAAAAUAUCCUGUAAGAAAUUCAUCGCUGAAUUUGGAAAUUCCUCAUAUCAUUCAGGAAGAUGAGAGUGAGUUAAAUAAUAUAAUAGGAAACAAUUUCCAAGAGUCAUAUGAAACUAAUUAUAAUUUGGAAUCUGAAAAUGAGAUAUCUGUGAAUGAUGCAGAUGAUAAACCAAAUGAUUCCAUCAGUAUUCCAGAUCUACGAUCUACUAAUAUCUCAGAUGUCUCCAGAGAGGAAACUUCUUUUAACACUUCUGAGAAUGCUUUACUGGAGGAAGAAAUUGAAGCUAGAAACUCAGAGAUUACUUCUGGAAAUUCAUUUAGUGCUAUCGCCUCACAGGAUAUUGAAGUAGUGCCAGAUGAUGAACAUAUUUCUCAGCACUCGAUAGUUGAACGAAGAUUAAUACGACCAACAGGUCAAAUUAGGAAAUCGAAAAGAAUUAAAAUACCGAAGCUCGAUUACUGGAGAAAUGAGAAAAUUGUGUAUAAAAGAAAUCAUCCACAACAGGUAUUAGAUAUUGAUAAAAUUAUUACAUUUGCAGAAAAACAGGAGAAUAAAAUACCAAAUACCAAACGAUCGACCAAAAAAUUAGAUCGAAAUUGUACAUUAAAAAAUGUUGCAGUGUGUGAUGAUAAGAAUGCUCAAUGGUUAAAAGAUGGAACGUUUAGUAUUAAGUUCCAAAAUAGCUCUGAAAACUCAGAUGCACUUAGUACGACUGUAGCCUUGGCACCGGACUUUCGAGAGGUAAGUAAAACUAAAACAUCCCGAUUUAACAGAUAUACUCUAGAUACACUCUUUGAUGAUCAAAGAAAUUUUUCAAGUGGGAACUUAACACUCCCUAAGGAUGGUAUUAAAUCAGAGGACAAUACAGGAGGGUGCUUUGUUACAUUCCACGUGACAAGAGGUAUUUUAAAGACUUGGAUAGAAGGACAAUCGUUUUUAUGUCCCAUUGGAACAACAUUCCAAAUUCCACCAUUUAAAGAUUAUAAAUUUAAAAAUAUAGAUGAUGGUGAAACCUCUUUAUUUUUUGUCCAAGUUACCACCAAAGGUAAAGUUGAACUUCCAGAAGAAAAUACGUUUGACAGUUCGUCAGAUGAUAUAUAA